AGUCCCUUUCAUUUUCCUGUCCGGUGUGUCACAGUUUCCAAUAUGGCGGCAUUCAUAGCCAGGUUUUUUUCACGUGUAUCGUGGCAUGGUUCUUGUAUUAUUUUGAAAAACACACUCCCAUGUAUAUCGUUAAGAUACACGUUUCAUCGCUCUGCAACAACCCAAAGUGGACUUCUUUUUUCGCUAAAUAAACGGGGCAUUUUGAAGGAUGCUUUCCCCGAAAACGCAGCCCAAGAUCAACUUCCUCAACUGCUGCAGUCUGGGUGCCAGACCGUGUACUGCGGAUUCGACCCCACGGCGGACAGCCUUCACGUGGGUAAUUUACUCGCUAUCGUCGGGCUAUUGCAUUUUCGAAGCGCAGGACACAAUGUCAUCGCUCUAAUCGGUGGUGCAACAGCACAGAUAGGGGACCCAAGCGGGAAAACGAGCGAGAGAGAGCAGCUACCGUCUGAUGUAGUGGAGGACAAUACAAGGGCUAUCAGGGACAGCUUGCAGCGAAUCUUCACCAACCAUGAACUGCAUUUCCACAACGACUCUAAAAAGUUUGGCACUGUAACCCUAUUGAACAAUUUAGCUUGGUACAAAGACUGGAAUGUGGUUGCUUUUCUGUCAGAAGUUGGCAGACGUUUCCGAAUGGGGACCCUGCUCAGUAGGCACAGUGUCCAGUCCAGGCUGAAGAGUGCAGAGGGCAUGAGCCUAACUGAGUUCUCUUACCAGCUGUUUCAAGCUUAUGACUUCUACCACCUGAACCAGAAUCAUAGCUGUAAGAUCCAGCUGGGAGGGACAGACCAGCUGGGCAACCUGAUGUCUGGGCACGAGUUUAUACACAAGGUGACUGGACAGGAUGUGUAUGGGCUGACCAUCCCACUGGUGACCAGCUCUGCGGGGGACAAGCUGGGGAAGACAGCAGGCAAUGCAGUGUGGCUGAACAGGGACAAGACAUCUCCGUUUGACCUCUAUCAGUUCUUCCUCAGGCAGCCUGACAGCAGUGUGGAAUGGUAUCUGAAGCUGUUCACCUUCCUACCCCUGGCCGAGGUGGAGAGGGUGAUGGAGCAGCAGAGACAGGAGCCAGGCAAACGGCCCGCACACAAACGCCUCGCCGCCGAAAUCACCAAACUGGUCCACGGCAAGGAGGGUCUGGAGAGUGCCAAAAGGUGCACCAAUGCCCUGUACCACAGUAACCUACAGGCCCUAGAGCAGAUGAGUGAUGCUGAGCUGCAGGAGCUCUUCAGAGAGGCCUCUUUCCAUGAGCUGCUGCUGGAGCCAGGGACCACAGUACUGGAUGCCUGCCGCAGGGCAGAGGCCAUUCCCCAGGGGGGCAAAGGGUAUCGCAUGGUAUCAGAAGGAGCUGUAUGGAUCAACCACAGUAAGACAGACAGCCCAGAGCAGGUACUGAUCCCUGGACAGCACCUCUUGGCCAACGGACUUUCUCUCCUCAAAGUGGGCAAGAAGAACUUCCACAUCAUCAAGUGGCUCAAUCUGUGAGUGGCACUGGGACCUUGAAACUACUAUGGACUGUUUGUGGACUGGAGGUAGGACCGCAAGCUGGGAGGCUUAGGUGAAGGGAGAUGGAUAUUGGAAAUGGACCUGUAUUGUUUCAAUACAUCCCUAUUUGUGUCUGAGGAGAUGUAGUGCACUAUAUAUGUGUGGAUUUAAUGAUGCUGUAAGAUGUGGUAUUAAGUAUAUUUGUUAGAAGUUUUUUGUCUUGUUAGUUGUAUGUUACAUACUGUGUCUGUAAACUGUUUUAUUUUUGUGAUCAUUCGAUAUUAGAUAGCAGAUUUGCCUACUAUUGAAUUUCACCACUAGGUGUCAGUAUUGUCUUCUCUUUCAAUGAGGACCGGGAAAAGCCUCCUUUAGCAAGCCUGAAGCAAAGCUCGGUUGUGAGACCCUAGUUACAUCCAGGAAUUAAAAUUCAAUGGCAGAAAUAUCUUAAAGCUAAAAUAAAUUAUAAUUCAAAUUUAAAAAAAAAAUGACAAUAGGAAUAGGAAAUUAUGGAAGUAUAUUUCCUGAAGAAAAUGUGUGCUUGCUAGCUUGUUUUAAAGUAUUUAUGGUUUUUGAAAUAAGUUAUAGUUGUGGUACAGACUAAUGGUGCGUGGGUCAGCUGUUUGUUCACCCGCACCCGCCCGCAAUUGCUAAUAACCCAUCUGCAACCGCACGACUACAUGUGAUGAAAUAAGAUGUAGAAAAUGCGCUAUAGGCAUGAUUUAGAUAUGUUUCUGCAUAUAAUUUCCGACAUAUUGGUAGGUUAUUUGUUAGUCAUGAUUCUGCUUAUAAUUUCCAACAUAUUUGUAGGCUGUUUGUUAGUCUACUUGCCAAUAAUUGGAUGCAUGUAGCUUCUCUUUUGUCAUUAUUAUGUUUCCCUAAAAGACUACAUAAACCCUUGCUCACCAGAAUAAUGUAAUAGAUCCCUAGAGUGAAUGCUUCAAUCUAGUUGACAUCAGUAAUGUUUUUUCUGUCUUCUUUUGCAGAGCAAAUACGUUUAGGGACUGGGGAGAAAAUACAAUGACGCAACAACAACAAAAAUGAUUUCUGUGCAAAAUGUCCAAAUGACAUCAGUUUGACCAGUUGAAAGGAAAAAGAAAGCUGUGAAAAUGACCCAGUGUUUCUGAUAAUAUUUCAGUUUGGCUUCGAUGCAUAUUUUAUGUGUUUGAAAUACUAUCAGCUUUUAUGCUGCUCUUAUGAUGAAGACAGCACCUCUGCAGAUCUAUCUAACUGAGCAAUGCAUUCUAUCAAAAUGCAGAAAGAAAGAAAGAAAUCCUAUUUCUCCAAAUUUUGCCUACAUUUGGUGUAUAAUUUUACUGUAAGAAAGGCUUCAUUCUGCAGGAGUUAAUAUUAAGGCUAAGUGAGAGGUUAUAGACCUAGAGUCAGUGGCCAGAUUUCACUUUCCAUUUAACCCAUCUGAACACUAGGCUACAGUUCCCUUGACGUGCCAUAGGCCUAUUUGAAGUCCCGUCUUGUGACUGUGGGAUUUGUACCGCGCCUCACAAUCAUCACACACACAGCCUCCUCUUUAACCACUUCACCAAAUCUUUCCCAAACAUGACUUUUCUGGCCCUCCCUUCUCUUUAUUGUCAAAUCUCCUUUCACAGCUUUGGUCUUGUUGAAUUAAAUUUUUAACCUCAAACCUGGUUUGACAUGAACUUUUUCCUCCCGUUCCCAAAAGCAUUAUUUGGUGAUUGGCUGUGUAGGCUAUUUGGCACAUACAGUUAAGUUCUAAAUCUUAGGUUUAUGCACUAAUACCAGAUAGCCUAAAAUAAUGACAGAAAAACCUCAAUGUAGCCUAUAUAAAUUGCACAAGAAUUAAACAUUUUUUAUAGAUUUUUUUUAUGGUAUUGUUUCUCUUUGUUCAACCCGCCCGCCACGCACUCACCCUUCAGCCACACAAUAUUUAGUGACCCUAAACCCAUCCACCAUGUGGAUUAUGAGUCAACCCGCGCAUCACUAGUAGUGACUCCAGUAGUAAUGGGUGGUGACUGGUUAUAGUUGGAAAAGUAUGUAUAUGGAAAGAUUGAUUGGCUGAUUGAUUGAAUGGAUAGCCUGAACAUGGUGUCUAGCUUGGUGGGUGCCGCUGCCAGAUGCAUAUAGGUGGAACACAGGCUUGGUGUUUGGGGUAUUUUUAUUUGGUUGUUGUUAAAAUAAGCUGUUAAUGUGUUUCAACACAUGCUUUCUGUUUUUCAUAGUUGUAACAAAGGCACUCCACAAAUUAAAAUUGAUUGAACACUUGAAUGUUGGUGUUUUUAGUUUUACAGUAACAAACUAAUGAAAAUGCUAUUGUUAUACAUAAAAAUAAAUCUUAUUCUAAUCUUACCUAAGCUUGUCAUAAACACAACCAAAUUAUUAUUUUUGCCAUAGCAUAUAUGACAUGUAUUAAUUACACUGUUAGAUUGUUGCAGUGAGAUUGACUGCUUAUUAGCUUGAAGGCGGGGGUCCCUCGAGGCCCCAGUUCUAGUGUUAAAUGGUUCAAGAGGAGUUGCGUUGCCAAAUGUUCCCCAUGUAAGUCUAUAGCUCUUUCAUUGCCAUUGAAGUGCAUUGGGAGCUCAUUUAAAUAUUGUUGUAGUACAAAAAAAGUAUAGAUGCUGUAAAAAAAAAAUAUUUGUAGAAUUUUCUCAAGGAAAGUUGGGGUGGUCUGCCCGUUUGAAAGUUGGUUUUGUGUUUAUAGCUUAUACGGUUACAGAAUUUCCGCACAUUUCAGCUGAUUAAAGGAUGGGGGAAUUAAAUAAUGAAUGAAUCUACGAAGUGUUUCCAUCAUCCUGAAGUUGGUCUGGAGUUUCUAGCUUGAAUGGUUAGAAAGCAGUGGCACUGUGACUACUGUAUCUACCUCUCGUGGUCACCAUUGACUCUCGUGUUAAUAUUGCACAUGUUAAAUCAGAAUAGUUCAAAAAGUAUUUGACAACCAAUCUAAGUAAGGUCCGUCUGAACAUCUCAAUGUUGUUUUUGGUGUUAAUAGAUUAAACGGUUCAGGAAGAGAUGCGUGGCCAAAUUGUGUCAUUUUUAACAUUGAAGUCUAUGGCCCUUUGAUUUCCGUCUGCACAUUUGAAAGUUGGUUUCUUGUUAAUAUCUUAAAUAGUUUCAGCUCUAAAGAGGGCGGAAUACAUGUAAUACGUAGAAGUAUGUAAGAAAUCCAGUGUCCUGCCUUCACCAUGCACACUAAUUAAAAACAAGUGUAUGUUUGUCACAUUGUACUGCCAAGUCUGUCUCUAUUGCAGAUGGCGAAGAAGUUAUUGGAACUUAUAUAGGUAGUGUUUCAUUGAUGGUUUGAUUGUUUUUUUUCAAAAUUGUCUUGUUUCGAUAUAUUGCAGAUGAAGAUUGUUUUCCCAAUGAGAGAUGCUUGCCACUACUGUGAUACCCAUCCCUUUUGCUGGGGUGACCACUGGUGACUUUGACUUAGCCCAAAUAAGUAAAUAUUCUCAUCUAAAUCAUGGAGAGAAUUAAGCCAACGGCGUGUAAAAUAAUUAAAAUGUUCAGAUUGGUAGAAUGCUUGACAGAUAUGACAAUGGAAGUGUGCCUACCUCAUGCAACAAGUUGCUUCACACUGACUUGUGUAUUUUCAAACGUUUCAAAUCAUUAAGGUGGUAUUACAAUCUCCACAUGUAUUGAAAAACUAUUAGCAUUCUAGAAUUCACAAAUAAAAUUAGAUUUCCCCCUGUAUAUUUAUUGUUACAUUUUGGUGCUGAAAAACUCUUGACACAGAGAUAGACAACAUUGCCAUUCAAGUAUUUUCUCAACAUAAAGUAUCCAUUAUUCGUUUGUUGACGUUUCCUUAUAGUGGCCUUUAUUUCGUUACAUCCACUGCUACAAUGUUACAGAUGCCUAUUGUGAUUACAGCAGGUUUCAUGAAGUUUAACGUAUAGAAGAAAGCCUUUGUAGCGUGUAGAUAACCUUAAGGGAAAUGGGCGGGUCUAUACUCUUUAACCAAUGAAUGCCCUUCUUCGUUUUAAAUCGUUCUCGGUGUCAAUCAUUUCUACCCUAGUCAGCCUCCCUCAAUCGCCAUAUUGGGUACUGAAAAGGUUUGUCUGUUGUUUCGUCUCUCUUACUACGAGACGAAAUUGACAGGAGUGGCUUCAGUUACGGCACUUUGUUUUGAUGGUCUGUCGAGACUACUUUAGCUCAUAUUGCCAUAUUGGAAGUUAGCGUUUCUUUACAGACCUAUGCAUGCGUUUGUGUUGAUCAGCCGAUUUACUCUUGUUUUGGAUCGCGGCGAGCAAGGAGGAAAUACGCAUUUUUAAGUGUUCUAUUUGGACGUUCUUUGAUUCUCGGAAAAUGUCAAAUGUUCGUGUUUCAAAUGGGAGCCCUACAUUUGAAAGGACCGAUGCUCGGUUUUCGGAUCACCCCAAACCGUCAGCCUGCAGGAACCUUUUCGGCCCGGUGGAUCACGAAGAGUUAAGGAGGGAUUUAAAGGGACAUUUGCAAGAGAUUGAAGAGACGUCCUCAGCGAAAUGGAACUUCGAUUUUUUAAGUCAAACACCCCUAUUAAACGGGAGAUUCGAAUGGGAAUUAGUGGAUAGUAAAGACAUUCCACGUUUCUACAGCAGAACUCAACGAUCGGCAAAGGGCCUUUGCCCCUCUGGGAAUAAUAAUGUGGAUCUUAAUGGGAAUAGUUGUGUGACUCCACCGCAGCCCUCUGAAAACACAGAAAGGUCGGAGAGCAAAGAGCAGUGCACCGGGCAGAGAAAAAGACCAGCCUGCCAUGACCUCUCGUCCCAAAAUAAAAGGUCACACAGCAGUUCGGAUGAAAAUACUCGUUGCCCAGCCUUGGCGCAUUCUGUAGAACAUACACCCUUGAAAACCAGUCCCAGGACUCAAACGUGAAGAUGACAAAGAGCUGAAGCCGUAUUUCCCCUUUUGUCAUCAAAAGCCUCAGUGUUGGUUGAUUUUUGAAGAGGAACUACAAAGAAAAUGAAACAUAUCAAUUCUCCUGAAGGAUGGGGAUGCUGUGCAAGCACUGAAUAUAAACACUAAAGUUCUGGCACUCAUAAAGUUACUGCCUCUAAAAGCAGUCAAUGUAGCAGUGUGCAAUUAGGUUUUCCUUUUUUGCUCAUUUUUUUUACUACCUGUGUAUAUAUUUCUCUUCAUAUGUAGCACAUAAAACGUAUUAUGUUUUUGUUUUUUUAUCCUUUACGUAAAAGGCGUGAAUUUGAUUUGACUUGAAGAAUUGCAGUGUAUUUUUGUUUUCAAAAUGCUGUGUAUCUUAAGGCAGUGAGUGUAACCUGUUGAAGUAUAAUAAAUCUGCUCCAUUGAGAAAAUUAUUAUGGAUUAAAUAAUUGUUCCUCGUCAUUAUAGAUCUUCAUGGGUCAUCCCUGUAUGUAGGGAGAGAAGGACGGUACUUAAUGUGUGGCCUUGUUGUUUUUUUAAGGUCAUUUAAGUGUCACUCAAUCUGGGUUCUCAUCCACCCCACAAACUAUUUCUGUUAUGACACAACAGCAACAAAAAUAUCUGAAGUCAGCCAAUAUUUUUUUGUAUUUUGAGAGAUUCCGGGAAUAACACAUUUUCCUUCUCACCGUUUUUGAAAGUGUAGCCAAUUGUAUUUGAAGUUGUGGGAGGUUAUCAUUUGCUGAAGGAUAGUCUUAUGUUAACUGUACUGGUUGUAUGAAUCGACUGUAUCCUCUCCCUGACAUGCUCAAAUAUGUCUUUGUUAGUUUAAUGGUUAUGUUACUUUUUAAGGAGGCGUUUCCAUAUGGGUGGAAUAAUGCCCUACAAUACCAAAUACCUGGUUGCUUCAAUAUGGCUGUCGACGCUUUCACUUACCAUCAGGUUGCCUUGACAUUGUACUCCUGCGUGAUUAAGAAAGGUAAUAGAAUUUGUUCGCCCCCCCCCCCCCCCCCCCCCCCUUCUUCUCCAUGACAUUGUUAGACUGCUGAUCAUGCAAAUGUAGCUUCGAAAAUAACUUUUUUCACCCAGCUACAAUCAGCCUUUGUUCAGAGGCUAAGAAUUGUCACACAAAAAAGCAGUCACUCUGCCUGUGUAUUUCGUGUAAAUCUUUGAAGUGUACAUAACUGUGUAAAAACACUGAGAAAUUAUACUAACUUAUUUAUGUCAGGCUUUUUUAAAUGUAGAAUAAAAUGGGUUUUUGAUUACGGUUAUCCAAAGUGGCAUUUACAUUAUACCUUCUUUUUUUUUGUAAAAUCAUAUUUUUGCUAGUUUUUAUUUUAUCAAAUAAGGUUGCAACCUGAGCCUGAUUAAAAAAAAUAUUUGAUGUGCAUUUUGUAUUGUGUGGUUGGUUAUAAGAUAUGUUGCAAUCAAUUAAAACUGAGAAAUUACAUCUA